AUGAAUAUGUUGGAUGAUGAAGAUGACCAAAGCUUUCACGCUACGCGUGACGGCUACUCCCAUUUGAGCAAUGUCGAAUGGGAUGCGGUUGAACGAAUGGGUUCGACCGUAAGCAUCUAUGCUGUUAGCGUCAUGCUAGAGGCUCUCAAUAGAGAUGCCCAACAUGCUACUAUCGCCAAGUUCAUUCAAAAUGAACUUGACGCAGAACGCGAGAAAUUUGAACUGUUGAGACAGCAGCAGGCUGCUGCUGGUGGGUCGAUGCACUCGCGUCGACCCGAGACUUUGAAGAUUGACAUCUCCAAGGCGCGUCGCAUCGACGACGGGGAUAUGCAAGUUGCAUUUGCCCAGUCAAAUCUGGCAGGACGUGCCAAGACUUGGGCACUGGGGCUCAAGUUGCACGACCCAUAUGCGUUUGGGUCGUUGGAAGUCUUCAAGUCGCGGCUCAGACAAACGUUUGAACCGCCUAGAGCUGAGUUCAGGGCUCGAACCGAACUCUUGAAGCUCAAGCGGGGUAAGCGUGAUGUGCACGCUUACGCUCAACAUAUACGACAUCUCACGAGUUGUAUAAGUUCCAAUCCGGUGGAUGAACACACGUUGGUUUUGGUGUUCAUGCAGGGUCUUGCGGAUGGUCCCGUCAAGACUCACCUGUUCAGGCUUGAACUAGAUUCACUAGAACAAGCCAUUUCCAUUGCGGAGCAGGAAGACUUCAGUCUGAGACAGGCUCGCGCCAGCUCGACAUCAUAUCGUCAACCGAGACGAUAUGACAACGGAGGUCCAGAGCCGAUGGAACUCUGUUAUGUAGAGAGCGAGAAGGCUCGCUCUACAGGCUACAAGAAGUUGCAGAAAUGCAACAGAUGUCAAAAGACAGGACACUACGCUUACGAGUGUAGUGCCCCUCGUCCAGUGUCUCGCGACACUGGGCGUAGUGACCGUCCACCCAUGAGAAAGGGGCAGGGACGAGGGUCCGCUGUUGGUGCAAAGACGCAACAACGGGAUGGACCGUCAAAAAACGGACAGGAUCAGUAG